ACAUGAUUUAUUAUUAGCAUAAAAUAAAACAGCAGCAUAAUUAAAGAACCCCAGUUUUUCACUUUCUUCUAUUUCUCUGUCUCUGUUUGUGUGUGUGUGUGUGAAAGAGAGAGAGAGAAGGAGACGUGCUUGUACGAGUGCUUGAUCUAUAUAUGCUAGAGAGAUUAUCAAGAAAGCAUUUUCUUUGAAUCAAAGUUGGGUUUUUUUCUGAAGUGGGUAUUUUGCUAAAUUCUUUUUUUUGGUUGAUUUUUGAUUACAUUUGUCUGCAAAAGGAAAAAAAAAAAGGGGAAAGUUGGAAGAUCAUUAAGGAAUUGUUGGAAUCUUUUUGAUGCCAUUGGGCUGCAAUGGCGAACAAAAACGCAGGGGAUAAUAGGACUAGAACUUCUGUAUCAAUAUUUAUAGUAGCUGGUCUAUGUUGCUUUUUCUAUUUACUUGGAGCAUGGCAAAGAAGCGGUUUCGGGAAAGGAGAUAGUAUAGCUCUGGCAGUUACCAAGACUGCUGGUGAGAAUUGCGAUAUACUACCAAAUCUCAAUUUUGAGUCUCGUCAUGCUGGCGAGGCAGGCGGUACUGAUGAGUCAGAAUCCGAAGUCGAAGAACUCAAACCAUGUGAUCCUCAGUACACUGAUUACACACCAUGCCAAGAUCAAAAGCGUGCGAUGACCUUCCCAAGGGAAAAUAUGAACUACCGAGAAAGGCAUUGUCCACCUCAAGAGGAGAAGUUACAUUGCCUUAUUCCAGCACCUAAGGGAUAUGUUACCCCAUUUCCAUGGCCAAAAAGUCGGGAUUAUGUUCCUUAUGCCAAUGCUCCAUAUAAGAGCUUGACAGUUGAGAAAGCUAUUCAGAACUGGGUUCAGUAUGAGGGUAACGUGUUUAGGUUCCCGGGAGGAGGGACACAGUUUCCUCAAGGAGCAGAUAAGUAUAUCGAUCAGCUCGCUUCAGUAGUCCCGAUCGAAAAUGGGACAGUUCGGACUGCUUUGGACACUGGUUGUGGGGUCGCAAGUUGGGGCGCUUAUCUUUGGAAAAGGAAUGUCAUAGCAAUGUCAUUUGCCCCAAGAGACUCGCACGAAGCUCAGGUUCAGUUUGCUCUGGAAAGGGGUGUGCCUGCUGUUAUUGGUGUACUAGGAACAAUCAAAAUGCCAUAUCCAUCUAAAGCCUUUGAUAUGGCCCAUUGUUCUCGUUGUCUUAUCCCUUGGGGAGCUGCUGAUGGAGUCCUCAUGAUGGAAGUUGAUCGAGUUCUUAGGCCUGGAGGCUACUGGGUACUUUCUGGACCUCCUAUCAACUGGAAAACCAAUUAUAAGGCCUGGCAACGACCCAAGGAGGAACUUCAAGAAGAACAAAGGAAGAUUGAAGAGGCCGCUAAACUUCUUUGCUGGGAGAAGAUAUCUGAGAAGGGUGAGACUGCUAUUUGGCGGAAAAGAAUGGAUGCUGACUCAUGCCGUUCUGCAGAAGAAAAUUCGGCAGCCAGAAUUUGUAAAGCUGAUGAUCCAGAUAACGUCUGGUACAACAAAAUGGAAACAUGCAUAACACCAAACAAUGGUAACGGUGAGGAUGAAAGUCUAAAGCCAUUCCCUGAGAGACUUUAUGCUGUUCCCCCGAGAAUUGCCAACGGACAAGUUUCAGGAGUGUCUGUUGAGAAAUAUCAGGAGGACAACAAGAAAUGGAAGAAACACGUAAGUGCUUAUAAAAAGAUCAACAAGCUCCUGGACACCGGAAGGUACCGCAACAUUAUGGACAUGAACGCUGGACUAGGAGGUUUUGCAGCAGCGCUUCACUCUCCUAAAUUUUGGGUUAUGAAUGUUAUGCCAACAAUAGCUGAGAAGAAUACUUUGGGAGUUAUAUAUGAACGGGGACUAAUUGGCAUUUAUCAUGAUUGGUGUGAAGCAUUUUCUACAUACCCAAGGACGUAUGAUCUCAUUCAUGCUAGUGGCCUUUUCAGUUUAUACAAGGAUAAGUGUGAAUUUGAAGACAUUCUCUUAGAGAUGGACCGUAUUUUGCGUCCAGAAGGAGCUGUCAUUCUUAGAGAUGACGUAGAUGUACUGAUCAAGGUGAAGAAGAUAAUAGGAGGCAUGAGGUGGAACUUCAAAUUGAUGGAUCAUGAGGACGGUCCCCUUGUUCCUGAGAAAAUAUUGGUUGCUGUCAAACAAUAUUGGACUCUUAACUCCACAACAUCCUCGCAAUGAAAUGCCACCGAAUAUGUUUGAUCCGUGAAUUCGUAGAUCAGGAAGGCCAACAUUUUACGACUACAAAUCCAUGGUUAUGCCACCACGAGAAAGUUUUGAUCGAGCAAGGUCCUUAGGAGGAGGCUCCACGGCGUAUCUUUAAUGUUGAUGGAUCCAUAAGUUAUACCAGAUUAUUCCUUUACAAUCGUCUUCAUUUCA